GCUGCCCACCUAAAAACAGAGAGCGAGCUGCCGGCCCCUCGCGGAGCUAGCAUUUCUAGCAGCCCAUUGCUCCGAAUGAAGGCCAUGGCGCCCACCGACCGGCGCCUCGCGGCGACGCCGGUCGUCGUGGCUGGAGGGGGAGGAGGAGGAGUUGGCGGUGAUGGAGCGCUGGAGGUGGUGAUCGACGUGAGCAGCAGCGACACGGAGUCCGACGACCCCGGCGGCGGGGGCGGGAAGAGGCCGCGGCUUGCGGCGGGGCGAGGCAAUGGCGGGGAUCGAGAGGAAAAGAAGGCGAGGAUCUUGGCCGCAGGCUCCGCGGUCCCAGCCGGCUUCCUGGAGCCCCUCCCGCUGCCACCGGGGAGGUUGCUCCCGCCUCCGGCGCUGGAGAGGACCGUAACGAAGCAGUUCUGGAAGGCCGGCGACUACGACGGCAGUCCCCACCUGCUUGCCGUGGAGGCGGCGGAGCAUACUGAUUCUGGAAUGGAGCAUGUCCGCGUGCAUCCCAAGUUUCUGCAUUCCAACGCGACAAGCCACAAGUGGGCUCUAGGAGCUUUCGCCGAGCUACUGGAUAACUCUCUUGAUGAAGUCGCAAACGGAGCUACAUUUGUGAAAAUUGACAUGAUAGAAAAUAAGAAAGAUGGGACUCGGAUGCUGCUUAUUGAAGAUGAUGGUGGUGGAAUGAACCCAGAUAAGAUGCGGCAUUGCAUGUCCUUGGGUUAUUCUGCAAAGAGCAAAGUUAAGAAUACCAUUGGACAAUAUGGAAAUGGUUUUAAGACAAGUACGAUGAGACUUGGUGCUGAUGUCUUAGUAUUUUCACGUAGUCGUGGUAUUGAAGGAACAAGGUCCACGCAAAGCAUUGGGAUGCUAUCAUACACCUUCCUUAGGAGCACCAACAAAGAAGAUAUCAUUGUUCCUAUGAUUGAUUAUGAAAAAGAACAGGGAUGGAAAAGGAAGGUGCGCACGAGAUGGACUGAUUGGCGUAUGAGCUUAGAGACCAUAAUACAAUGGUCUCCUUAUGCCACUGAAGCAGAACUUAUCCAGGAGUUUGGCUCCAUAGGGGAACAAGGAACUCGAAUUGUUAUAUACAAUCUGUGGGAGGAUGACGAAGGAGAGUUGGAGCUUGAUUUUGAUGCUGACGCAAAUGAUAUUCAGAUUAGAGGUGUUAAUCGAGAUCAGAAAAAUAUCCAGAAGGCAAAUCAGUUUCCAAACUCCAAACACUUCUUUACUUAUAGACAUUCUCUCAGGAGUUAUGCAUCAAUUUUAUAUCUUUGGCUCCCAGAUAACUUCCGAAUGAUUUUACGGGGAAUAGAGAUUGAGCACCAUAAUAUUGUCAAUGAUCUAAUGCUAAAGAAGAAAAUUACUUAUAAGCCAGCAAUGGCCAAUGGAUUUCCAAAGGAUACACAUAUGGCUGCUAUUGUGACAAUUGGUUUUGUUAAAGAUGCCAAACAUCAUAUUGACAUUCAAGGGUUUAAUGUUUACCACAAAAACCGCCUAAUAAAGCCUUUCUGGAGAGUAUGGACUGCUGCUGGAUCUGGUGGCCGUGGUAUUAUAGGUGUACUAGAAGUAAACUUCGUAGAACCAGCUCAUGAUAAGCAGGACUUUGAACGCACAAAUUGUCUAGCAAGACUAGAAGCACGACUAAACCGAAUCCAGAAGAAAUAUUGGUCAGAUAAUCGUCAUCGAAUCGGUUAUUGCGUCGAUAGUGAUAGCACAAGUUCUGGGACAGGAAAAAGAGGGCUGUCAUCACGCCGAUUUGAGAAAGGUUCCCAGAAGUCAAAUUAUUUGCAAAGAGUCAAAAACGCUGACAGAUCAUGUUCUGACCCGGCAAAUAAGAAUAUGAAUGCAAGCAUGCCAUCCCCCCGGAUGACCAAGCCUAGUUCUCCCAACAGGGAGUUCUCUUCAAGAACGAUAUCCCAGCAGAGAGCUGAAAAGUCUGCAAGAAAAAUAAGACCUGAAAGAUCAGUUUUGCAUGGUUCGUCAAAUACAAGUGAUGGCGAUACUGAGCUUGCAGGAACCCCAUCCAGAUCAACUUCCCCUGUCCUGAGGACACCUGAAAAAUCUUUUCAUAAGGUGAAUACUAGUUUGCCUUCACUGUCGCUCGCUGGAGUAAAACGAAGUGAGAGGAUUGCGGCCAGAUACAAGUCAAAGGAAGCAAAUGUAACUAAUGGAGAUGGGCAAUCUACUGUUCACCCUGAAGCUAUUAUCAAGCAGUUGAAGGAAGAAAAUUCAUCAUUAAAGGAUAGGAUCUUGAUGGUGCAGGAAUCAUUGUCAAGGGAACUGCAGACCGAGCGGGAUAAGAAUAAGUCCCUAACCGAGAGGCUCGAGGAUAUGGAGAAACAACUUGACACUGCAAACAAGGAGCAAGAAGCAAUGAUAGAACUCUUUGCAGAAGAAAGAAACUACCGCGACCAAGAGGAGGGGAACCUGAAGAGGAAGCUCAGUGAUGCCUCUUCCACUAUCCAGGACCUGAUGAAGCAGCUCGAUGCUGCUCGGAACUGCCGCAAGAGAUGAAGGAGCAGAGGAAGCAACUUCACUGCAGUAGUGGCGCGUGUAUCGGCACCAUCUCUUCUGUGGUGCAGGGUAGUGCAAAUAAUGUCGAAAUGGCUGUAGCGGGAGCAGCUGCUAGCAGUAGCAGAAUGUUCGGUAUAUGUGUUCUACACCCUGUUGCUAGAUGUGCAUGUAUAUACGAUGUAUAUAUAUGUAGUGUGUACCACGAGAGCUUGAGUGCUACUAGCUAAUAAGCACGAACGAACGGGUUCAGGUGGAUGCAGUCCUGUUACUGGUGGUAGAGUUCACCCGCCGCUUGUGGUGGCUGGACUACUCACCAGUCACCACUCGGCUCAUGUAUUGUAUAAUGGAUACGUGUACCUUCGCUAGUGCUUUCCACUUUGUAAUAUGCUUUUCUGCGUGUGGUGCUA